UCGGAGUUGAGGUACCGAGGUUUUCGAAACACAAAACGACUUUUCUUGUUUCGAACACAAAACGACUUUUCUUGACCGUGCCAUGAGGCAGACAGAAGGAAGUGAUAAUGCUUUUGUAAAUCCAGUCUAUUUAUCUCGUAAUGUUAACCGUAUAAGACAGAAAGAUAGACCUGUUGAACCUAAUUCAUUGGAUUUUGAAUUGGUAGUUGAUCACAUUCCGAAUGAAUUCCUCCAGAAAGAUAUUAUUCUAGAUGAUGCAAGACACUUAGUAUUUGCCACUGCAGACCAACUUGCCUUGUUGAAGAAGGCAAGGACAUGGUAUUUAGAUGCCACAUUUCGUGUAGUACGAGCCCCGUUUCAACAGCUAUUUGGAGUCCAUGCCUUCGUUAAGGGAAGCGAAGGUAAUGUAAAACAAGUCCCCUUAGCUUUCAUCCUUAUGUCAGGGAAAAGAAAGAGAGACUACAGAAAGGUAUUGAAUUCUAUUUUAGCAAUAAUUCAGGAGUGUAAAGUGGAAAAGAUCGUGAUGGACUUCGAAAUGGCUUUGUGGUCAGUAGUCAGGAAAUUAUUUCCAGUUGCAAAGUUGCAAGGCUGUGCAUUUCAUUGGAAUCAGGCAGUCUGGAGGAAGAUUCAGGCGUUAGGAUUGGCGGUUCCAUACUUGAAUCAUCGUCCCACUCAAGAUUACCUAAAACAGUUAAUGGCUCUUCCCUUUCUCCCACAUGAACAUAUUACAUCAACAUUUGAUCACCUUGAAUCACGCCUUCCUGCUGGCCCAAUUAAAGAUUUAACAACGUACAUGAGAGAAACAUGGAUAAGUGGGUUUUGGUCACCAAGUGAAUGGACAGUGUUUGGCCAGAGCAUUCGCACGAAUAAUGAUGUAGAAGGUUAUCAUAGACGUUUGAAUGGUAGUGCAGGCUCUUCCCAUAUUCCUUUUUAUGUGCUGGUUCCCUUACUUUUCAAAGAAGCCAAAAAUGUACAGGUCCAAGUGCGUCUGGUCAAGGACGGAAAACUUGCUCGUUGUCAGAGACGAAAAUACCGAUCUCUACAGGGACGAAUAUUUUCACUAUGGAACAAGUAUGAACAACAUGACCUCACCACUGACCAAUUAUUAAAAGCAUGUUCCAGGCUAAGCGGACCCAGUGUUUAGUUUGUAAUAUAAUCUUGUUUUUUUUUACUCAGACGCAUACUUUUGUAUACAUAAAUAUUUUAGUAUCAGUAGACUGCCUGAAUUGUUUUUUACUUUUAGACACAUACUUUUGUAUACAGAAAUAUUUUAGUAUCAGUAGACUGCCUGAUAAAGCCAGUCAGCGCUCCCAUGUUGUGGUCAGGGUGUGAUACAAAUGUAGAGGGACGAAAUAGGGAAGCAGGAAGACCACCACCACCACCACCAUCACCACCAGCAGUGUGGAAGAAAGUUUAGAGCAAUGGCAACCCUCCGAUCCGGCAAGCAGGUUGGCGGCAGGGAUGGCGGUGGCGGUGGCAGCGGUGGUGAGGUGGACGGCAGGGACAGAGGGGCAGAACAGGCUGCGGACAUCAAGGAGAAGAGGAACGCGCGGACAAGCAAGGUGGUAUUCGGCAGUCUGAUCCUGGACCUGCUCGGCUUCACGGUUAUGGUGCCUCUGUCUCCUGCUCUCCUCAACUGUUACUCCAAGCACGAGUCCAGCGGCUUGUAUUCCUCUCUGCUCUCCUGUGUUACUUAUUACCAGCAUAUCAUCGGCGUCCCUGCAAGGUUCCACUUUGUCUUGUUUUGGUGGCACUGAUCGGCGUGGCAUUCAGCAUAGGCUUCACCGUCGGGCCAGCUGUGGGGGCCACGUUCUCCCGCUGGGUGAUUCGCGGCCUCGGCUGUCUACGCACUCACUCUCCCUGUGGCUAACAUAAUAUUCUUUGCUGUCUUCUUCCAGGAAUCGCUGCCUGUGUUGUGUGUGUGUGUGUGUGUUCAAUAAUUUAUUCUUAGUGUCUCUCUUUUAUUUAUUUUUUUAAUUAUGUACAUUUUUUUUGUUUUCGUAUAAUUUUUGCUUAUCUUCUUUUUUUUUCUUUCAUUUUUUCUUUGUUUGCUUGUUUUGUUAUUUGUUUGUAUUUCCUUGUGUCUCUGAAUGUGGUUAAAGAGAGGUGCAUUGUGGGUAAAGCAUCAUUUUCUUUUUUCUUUCCCCAUUUCUUUACUUUUCCCUCUUAUUCAUUCCUUUCUGUCAUCAUUACAAACCCAUUCUAUCAUUUUCCUUACCAUAAACCAUCAAAACAUCUUGACAAUCUCAUUUAAAUCACUUUUUUUUCAUUAUCAUCUGUUCCUUUACACUUUCUUGCUUUCUUUCACUUAUUAAUUCACUACACUCCCCUGCUUGUGUGUUUUGGGGUGUAUUGGAGAUGUUUUGGGGCUGUUUUUGCAAGUGUUUUGAGGUAAAUUUUCUGUUUUGUGUGUGUGUGUCCGUGUGGCCGGGAGGGGGUUGCCUGUGUGUGUGUUUUCAAGGGUGUUUUCAUGGUUCUAGUUUAACAGGCUGUAGUGGAAGUUACUGGGGUUUUCAAGGGUGUUUUCAUGGUUCUAGUUUAACAGGCUGUAGUGGAAGUUACUGGGGUUUUCAAGGGUGUUUUCAUGGUUCUAGUUUAACAGGCUGUAGUGGAAGUUACUGAGGUUUACAAAGUAUAUUUUCAAAUCUAUAUUUUUACUGUGUAGCCAAAGAAUUAUAAUAUAAGACAACAGGAUUUAUCAGUAACAAUAUUAUUAAACCCACCACUGCCUCUACCACCCUCAUCAUCCACAGGGCCUAAUGAUGAUUAUUAUCUUUUUUUGCUGUUUUUGUUUUCAUUAGUUUUUUUUUUUUUUUUUUUUUUUUUUUUUUUUUUUUUUCAAUUGAUGUUUAUUAUUAUUAUUAUUAUUAUUUUAUGUUCUUAUGUCUUUCACUCUUGAAAUUAAGUUGUGCUAUUGUCAUUACCUAAUUGUGCCACAGGCUUCCCAAUCUACUCUCUAGUCAUUCUGUUGAUGUAGCAUUUCAUAGCUUGGUAUGUGGAUGUUAGGGAAAAGAUUUACCUCCCCUUUAUCCAUCCAUAAAGUUGCAAGAUAUUGAUUGCUUAGAAUUAAAAAUGACAUUGUUAUGACUCAUGUCUGACAGUGCUAUAGAUGCUGGCAGUCUUGUGGAAGCUGACACCAAUCAGACUAGGGUACCAAUUAUCAACAUAGACAAUUUGCCAUAUGUCAAGAUAGUCAUUGAGCAGCAUUGUCAUGAUCUGUGUACUUGGCCCUACACUUGGUUGUGGAAUCAAAUCAAUGAUCCUGCUGUAUUCAGGAUUGUCUUAUAUGUAGCCUGUCUGACAGUCACACAAGAUGAAAAGCUUCAGCCUGAACCUGUGGUGUUGGCUGGGAAUGUAUUGUUGGAAACAGCCCUUCCCCACCACAAGACCUGGCUGCCAGCAAUUCACAAUUUAUGUUUGGGCCAGAAGGCUGCCCUUCAUAUUGAACAUCAGUCAUAUGCAAGAAGGCAGAUUUAGGAGGUAUUUGCUAAGAGGUUCAAGAAAUAUAGAUUGCUCAUAUAUUGUAUCUACAAAUCUAUCAGUCCCUUUCAGUGUGAAAAACAUGGGCUUUGUUCAUAGAGAACCUUGAUACCAGGGCCUCUUACAUGAGGUUUUCUUGAGUAUUCUCGUCAUUAGCACUUCAGUGAGGACAAUAAACUUUUUUGUAUGCCCACAUCUACCCCACAGCAGCAUCUUGGUUUGGUGUUUCAUGGCACAGCCAUCCACUGCUGGCUUUGCUAUUGGGAUGGUCAUCUCAGCUCUUGUUCAAACACAGCAUUCUUGGGAGGUGUGACUGGCUGUGGUGGAUCAUGACUGCUCUGGUGGUGACCAGUGACCCGUUAGAUCACCGCAAUAAAGUGUGGCUCAAGGUUGAAGUCACAUAGAUUGACAGGCUGCUUGUCUUGCCAGUACUGUUUUGAACAUGGUGUCUUUCUCUGAUGAUCUGAUCCUUGAUUUUUAAGUAAGUGUGAUGGUACCUCAUCUCAUUUUUCAUGAUAUAAGCAUUUAAUAAAUGGAGUAGUCCAUCUAUCGAGUUACUAUUUGUGCACCAGUCACAGUUAUUGUAUGUUAUUAAAUAUUGUGGUGCUCCCAGCAACACUGGUCCUGGCACUGGGAGUCAUUUGUACCAGUCACUCAGACACUGACUUCACAGAUCAGAUUGUGGGAGAUGACAUUUUCAAAUAUUGUAUGAUUACUUUAUUGUCAUAUAUAAUUUUUGCCCAAAAAACAACUAUAAGUAAGAUUGUCACAAGUUAUAGUAAUAGUGAUAAUGAUAAUAUUAUCAAUAUAUAUUAAUAAUAAAUCAUUAAUGAUGCUGCUACUUUACUAGUGCUAUUAUAAUCUCUGUGUAAGAGGGUUGCUGGCCAAGAGCAACAAAAAUAAUUGUGUGUUAAACAAAGGAAGGGCUACUGGAGUCACUGUUGUACAUGACCAAUAUUUUGUACCAAGAUUAGUUGAAGGCACAUUAUCUUUUAGGUUCUCUUAAUGAAGGUUAGGUUAGUUGUCUACUGAAGGUAUUAUACAUACUAUUUUGAAUUAUUGACUAUUUCCUAUAUAUUUUCAGAUUUUGUUUAGAAAAAAAUCUAAAAGUUAACUGUAGAUGUCUUACAGUAUAUUGGUAUUCAAGACCAAAAGUGAUGGCUCAUUGACGUUCAUGAAAAUGUUUGAAUUUUACUCGCUAUGCUGAUGGUGUUGAUUAUCAGUGUGGUGAUUUCUCUCUUUAUAUUGCACAGCACUGACCAUGAGAGCACAAUGAUAAAGUUCAGGGCUCAGAUCCUCUUGUAGAAAACUAACUAGGUAGUCAGAACACCAGGAGAAGCAAGAUCCAGACAGGCAGACAGGAGGAAGGCUGGUGGGGGGCUCCUGGCCUGGCAGUGGCUUUAAAUAAAGACAACAAGUUUAACUCUCACUGUUGUCCUCAUGGAAAACCACAAAGUAGAUAAAUAUUUAACUCAGCAGUUUGCACAAUGGUACAUAGGAGGAAAAGGAUACAAGAGUGAGAGGACUGCAGUGUGUAAGAAUGAGCUGCAAACACAAGGUGCAUGAACGGCUCAGAUGCAAGUGAAGACAUACUGUGGGGAAUUCCAAAAAACGGGUUUCACUGUAGACCUAACUAGAAAAAGGUUUGUAGCAAAUUAUUAUUUAUUUAUUUGUUUUUUUUUUUUUCAUGCCUAGGCCAGAAGCUUCCAGAAUCCUGCCAGUGCCACUGUAACAAUGUUCCAUAACUCAUAAUUUCAUUAGUUUCCAUGUUUAAAUGGGCUGUUUGUAAAAUAGAAUCAUAGUAUUCAAACUCUGCCGAGUCUUGUCCUUCUAUAGAACUUCACCGUAUGUUUUCUUCAGUCUGCCAGCAGGCACUCAAUGACAUUUCUGUUGCAUGACUUCACCAAUAUGGUCUGCUUUCUUCAUGCCACUUAUUGUUAAUCCCAGGUCUGCUUCAUCAUACCAGACUUUCUUCAGUACAUUCUCUCCUUAUCAUCACCUCUAACUAUCCACUUUCACUUCUCUAAAACAUGAAGGUUUUGUCUUUCAUGUGCAUUAAAAGUACCCCUGUGCUUGUUCUUUCCACUCCUAAUGUUUACAACAAUGCUGGUCUUUGCUUUGCUUGACUGUUUGCUACAGUAGGUAAUGGACUUUAUCAGUUAUCUGUAGAAAAUUGUCCAUUAUUUUUGCCUUCCACCUCUAGCACCUUUGCUACCAUUGCACACUGUAAACAAAUUACAAGGAAUUCAAGAUUUACAAAUGAGUUACAUUUCUCAAAAUUCUCAGUAAGUAGGAAAUAUGUAAAUCAGGUCAGCUGCUGAUUUAUUUUAUAUUUUUUUUCAGUAAAUUGUUUUUUCAGGCAAUUGUUUAAUAUGUUUGUGUAAAUAUGGAUUGUGUAUUCAUAAAUCAAUACAAGACAAAA